UCAACUGGUGGUGAAAUUGAAUUAAGAAUGUUGAGCCGCCAUCUCCCAGAGGACGUGGUGACUGAAAUUUUGUCGACGCUGCCGGUAAAAUCGUUGAUGCGAUUUAAAUCUGUGAGUAAAGCCUGGUAUGCUCUCAUCAGAAACCCUCAUUUCAUCACAAAGCACCACACUUGCGCCAUUUCUGAUCACAAUCGCAAUCACUGCCGUCGAGUCAUCCUUGAGCGUUACCGAGCAAUAGAUACCCCACGUUUCUCCAUGCACUCUAACGACACCCUGGAGUUUUCCGGCGACAUACAUCUCAUCCCACAAUUGUUCUCAGAAGAUAUUAACCCAGUACUUUUCAUCGGUUCCUGUAAUGGAAUAGUUUGUGUUGUUGGUAUUUCUGCAGAGCGUUUUCAUGGUGGUCCUGAUCCAGACCGGGCUUGGGAGAUAGGGCUUUGGAAUCCUGCAACCAGAGAAUCUAAGAGGCUUCCGUUUGUCCCUCGCCCACCUGAUUUUGUCCCUCUCCCUCUUGAUAUUUGCUUCACGAGUUACAAGUUUGGCUUUGGUAUUGAUCUCAACACAAAUGACUUCAAGGUGGUUAAAAUCACGUGCUUCUAUUCUCCGCGGCAUUACCAAGUUGAGUUAUACAACCUUACUACUGAUUCUUGGAGAGUGAUUGAUGCAUCCCUCAACUCAGCCGAUUUUAUUAAAACAUCUAAUUUUCCUUCAUACUUAAAUGGAUUCUGUUAUUGGUUGAAUUUUCCUCGGCGUUGCGACAGGGAGCAUAAUUUAUUGCUUUCCUUUGAUAUGAGCAAUGAGAUGUUCCGGGAAAUAAUGUUGCCUGAUGAUGAUGUAGGAUCUCUUGCUGACAUUGCCAUUAUCAAUGACUCUGUAGCUGUGAUUUUUCCUACGUAUAGUAAUAGUAGUAGGAAUGACGUUGGAAUAUCAAUGGAGUAUGAAAUAUGGGUGAUGAACGAGUCUAUUGUGGAAUGUUCUUGGACUAAACUAUUUACGAUUGCAGUACCCAGCCGUCCUUUACAAUUUCGGGACGAUGGUUUGAUUGUGCUUAACGGCGGCCAUUGUGUUUCAGAUAAAUGUUUGGUAUUGUUUGAUCCAAGAACAGGAGAACUAAAGAAUCUUCCAAUAUAUGACGAAGGCUCGGAAACGUUUGUUCUGGUGAGUUACAGAGAGAGCCUAGUUUUAGUUAAUGGAUGGAGGAAUGUGCUUGAGCAACAAUACACUUGAUCAUUAUGAUAUUGUUAUCACAGAUUUGGACUAUUAUUAUUUAUGUAUUCCAAGAGGACUAUAGAUUAAUUACUGUGAAACUGAGUGGUUUCCAUGUUGUGAUUUUGGUCAUGGAGUCAAUUGACUGCUUAUGUAACAAAAGUUGAUUUAGUUGAAGAGUUGGUCCUAUUUUGCUUAAAUACAAUGGUUUGUGGAUUGGAAUUACAUGAGGACCAUGACGUCCAGGAGUAUGACAGAUUUUAGCUUCAAUUGAGAUGGUUUCACUUUAAAGUAUAUGGCCAUUGGCUUAAUAUUGGACAAAAAGUGAAAGCACAGGGAAUUUAUAUAUACUUGCUGCAGUAGGCGUUUUAUACUUUUCAGGUUUAUACUUAAUUUAUGCUUCAACCCUCUCUUACAUAGCUCUUUCCCUCUUCACCAUUUCAGCCAUGCUGAGAACCUCUUGAAAGAGGGAUUUGAAUUUCUUGUUUUGGCACUUAUAGCAUUUUCAUAUAUAAUGUAAGUGUCACUUUCUUU